GACUUCCAUGCGCGUGUUUGCGUAUGCAUGUACGUGUCUGCACGCGUGUGAACGUGUGCGCGUGAGUGUAUGAAUGUGUGCGCGCGCGCACGCUGCGCGGAGAUACAGUAGUAACCCGGAGUGAGGUGGCAGCCUUUUUUAUUCUGCAUCGACACUGACUCGCGCUGCGUACUUUGUGCGCGUCCCGGCAUCGCGGAGCGAAGGAGGAAAGAGUCAAGAUGGCAUCUGGACGUGUCUGUGAACGACCCGGGGUCUGAUCUCUCUUCGGGGGCUUUUUUUUCUCUUCUUUUUCUUUUCUUUUUAUAUUGUUGUCGGCUCCACGCAGCACAUAACUGGCCGUGGUAGGCGAUCAGAACUAAGUUGCUCGUGGCCCGUUCGCGACUUCGCUGUUGUGGAAUAGCAACAAAGGACGGGAGCGCGCAUUCAUGGGACCCGACUUUGACAGCUCCCCAUCUUUCGUCUUUUAACUUUAUUGCCUGGCAGCGGGGGUGAGGUUGUUAUCGGAGAGAAUGGCUGAGGCUUCCCACCCUGACCCGCCUCCGGAUUUGGACGUGGUCAUUGACCCGGACUUCGAGCCCCAGACGCGGCCCAGGUCGUGCACCUGGCCGCUGCCGCGACCGGACUCCAACGCGGCGAAACCGGAGAGAAAUGACGCCGAUAUUAUACCCGAGGAAGAGGACGACGAAGACGACGGUGCCAACCCCGCGUCCAUCAGCGCCAACGCGUCGGGCUUGGCCGCCGAGGACCAGAGCAGCAACAGCCCCGCGGCCGAUGGCGCGCUCUCCUCCUCCGGCCAGGACAGCGCGGGCUCCCCGUUCUCCGCGCACUCGCCGACGGCCACCUCCGGCGCGCUGAACCCCGGCGGCUUGGCCGCCCAGCAGGCCCCGAGGAAAGUGUCAUCUCGCCGUAACGCGUGGGGGAAUCUGUCCUACGCCGACCUGAUAACCAAAGCUAUCGAGAGCGCGCCGGACAAGCGGCUGACACUGUCUCAGAUUUAUGACUGGAUGGUGAGAUCCAUCCCUUACUUCAAAGACAAAGGCGACAGCAACAGCUCCGCAGGAUGGAAGAACUCCAUCCGGCACAAUCUCUCCCUCCACAGCCGCUUCAUCCGGGUACAGAACGAGGGAACGGGGAAGAGCUCCUGGUGGAUGAUCAACCCGGAGGGGGGCAAGGGGGGCAAGGCUCCGCGCCGCCGCGCCGUCUCCAUGGACAACAGCAACAAGUACACCAAGUCGGCCCGCGGCCGCGCCGCCAAGAAGAAGGCGGCUCUGCAGGCCGCUGCCGCCGGCGGCGACGGCGGGGGCGUCGGGGACAGUCCGUCGGGCCUCUCCAAGUGGCCUGGUAGCCCCACGUCGCGCAGCAGCGAGGAGCUGGACGCCUGGACCGACUUCCGCUCCCGCACCAAUUCCAACGCCAGCACGGUGAGCGGUCGCCUGUCGCCCAUUCUGGCCAACCCGGAGCUGGACGAGGUGCCCGACGAGGAGCCGCCUCUGUCGCCCAUGCUGUACUCCAGCCCCGGCAGGGCGCUGUCUCCCGGCAACGCCGCGGCCGGCGCCAAGCCCGCGCCGGCCGAGCUCCCGCGCCUCGCCGACCUGGCAGGUACGAUGAACCUGAACGACGGGCUCAAGGACGACCUGAUGGACGAGUUGCUGGAUGACAUCGACCUGGUGCCAACCGUGACGGGGCCGGCGGCUCCAAGCGGUUCCUCCGUCUUCAACUUUGUGUCUAAACCCAACGGGCUGGGCUCGCCUUCCACCCACUCCUCUCCCUCCACCAACUCGUCUACUAACGGUGGAGGUAAUGGCUUCACCAACUCCAUCUUUGGCCCCCUCACAGCAGGCUCUUUGCUGCGUCCGGCCCCCAUGCAGACCAUCCAGGAGAACAAGCAGACGUCCUUCUCGGGCAUCAGCCUCGCUCGCUUCGGCAAUCAGACGCUACAAGACCUGCUCAACUCGGACAGCCACAGCCGAAGCGACGUCAUGAUGACCCAGUCCGACCCGCUGAUGUCGCAGGCCAGCGCCGCCGCCGUCAUUUCGCAGAACUCCCGCCGGGGCCCCCUGCUCCGUAAUGAUCCCGUCAUGACCUUCGGCAUAACUUGCGGACUUCAACGUAGCCAAGUGGAAAUUCUCCAGAGUAACAACCACAACCACGGCUCCCUGAGGUCUCUAAACGGAGGCUUGAACCUAGUCAACGAGGCUAACGCUCUGGCUAAUGCCAAGCAGCACUUCCUGCUUUCCCCGCUGGGAGGAAAUGGUUCCUCUUCCAUGCAGAUCGACACUUCAAUCUUCCUAAACGGGACAAUUAGCGGCGGAGGGAUGUGCCAGGACCGUUUCCCCACGGACCUGGACCUGGACAUGUUCACAUGUAGCAGCAGCAGCCUGGAGUGUGAUAUGGACUCCAUCAUCAGGGAGGAGCUGAUGGAGCCAGACGGCCUGGACUUUAACUUUGACUCUCCGGUCAACAUGAACGCAGUGGGCACCAAGCAGACCUCUCAGAGCGGGGUGCCCGGCUGAGAGGCUCGGGCCCGGGGGCGAGCAGAGCAGGUCGGAACUAUGUAGUGCAAAAGAAGAUCAGACACACAACAUCCUCUUUGCCAAACCUGCCAUCAGCACAACGUAAAAAUACGAACCCUGUGUUUACAGAAGAAGAUUUUCUCACGAGAGCUUUACCUCGGCUCCCACACUGACGAACCAUGAACGAUCCGAAACAAAAACUCCAGAGACACUGCACGUCAUCCUCCGAAGCCUCCCGUGAAACCACAACAACAACAACAACAAGGAGAAGGCUAUGUCAAACUCACAAAUUAUGCAAUUCUCCUUUGACGCCCGGUCUGUUGACAUCAAAGAGACACAGAUUCAUCAGAAGGGGUCUCAGGUGAUAUUCAAGGAUUUAAUAUGAAGCAAAGUUUGAAGGAGUUGUUUCCUUUGAAAACAAAAAGUAAAAAAAAGACAAAAACAAAGUGUAGAGUGAAAAAUCCAGAGGUGACGUGGUGUAAAUCCGAUCCAGGGGUUUCCUGGGAAAAAAACAAUAUCCCUCUGUUCUCUUUUGGUGUUUUAAAUGUUCAGUGUUUGUUUUGGGGAUUUUCUGUCUUAUCAUUUUUUUCCGCAUCAUACAUGUCUUCGGUUGUGUUGAUGAAAUGGAAAGAUGAACAUGGAGUCUUGACUCAUCUUUACUCGCUGAGUGGCCACGCAGACAGCACAUGCAAACACACCAACAGACCGACUCUUUGCCCCAGUUUGCAAGUCGCCAGGACCCUUACAAGUCAAAACUGCUCAAUCAAUGCCAUGCACUUCCAAAUCUGUUGCUUCAAUCAAAUUAAGUUGCAUACUGAGGGCUAUAAUCACCAUUAGCUGAAUAUUUAAAAUAGUAUUUGCUAUCAUUUGUAAAAAUAAAUAAAAAAAAGAAAGGAAAUAUCUGUAAAUCUGUAAUCUAACUGUAAAAAAAAAUGAAAAAAGACAAGAGAACGAGAAUCUCUGUCAUGGAUAUUUGUACAGUCCAGAGUGGUGUAAAGUUAAAAAAAAAAAAAAAGACAGGUAAAGAUGUUGUCUGUCUUUUUGUCAGAUUACUUGGGGUUGUUUAUCACUGCAUAUGAUGUAGCCAAAAUGAUUACCUGUGUCCUAGGGUUGUGAACAUUUCCACACCAUUACAGGUGCUAUGUAAACAGUGUUGAGCCCGACCCACAGAGCAAGCCGUGCAUUUCGUUUGUUCCUUUUCGUUUCUGUCUCUACCCUCGUUCUGCAGAAGCCCAAAGCUGCAGCCAUUUGUAGCUCAACCUGCAGACGGUGGCGGGUGGGUGGCGGGUGGGGUUGGGUGGGAAGCGGGGACAGGGUUUCCGGCUCAUUCCUCUAGAAGCCAUUUGUUUCUUGAGUACAAGAAUAAUAAGCUAUCUCUGUAUAUUGCCAAAUUACUUGAAACAAACAGUAGGAUAUGCUGGCAGCCAAAUCACGACACACACACACACACACACACACACAAGCACACACACACGUUUGUUGCACACACAUAGAAGAAAUAAUACCAGGGAUCUGUGUUACGCUCUGCGGGCGUGUGAGGCUUCUUAUGCAUAUAUAGAAUCACUCAGGGGGGAAAGGGAGGCUUCCCAUUUUAAGUAACAUCAAGUCACAUUCUAAUGGUAUUUUAACAUUUUUCUUCAUAGAAAACAGCAAUGCUUUGUGCUCGUGAACUUGUAACCUGUGAACUCUGGCCGUCAAGAUGAAGGAGGCAAAGAAAGACGUCCGGAUUAAGACAUCACGCGGCCCGUUAUUUUUCGCUGUCAUGGCUUUUAUUUUUGUCCACCUUGUCGGACUUGUGACACGCAUACACACACACACACACACACACACACACACACACACACACACACACACCCCUCUCGUGGACACGCCUGGUGCUCCUCCAGGUGAUUUCCCCCUUUCUCCUGAGUACAUGUUUAUGUGCGUGUGUGUGUACGUGAUUAUCUGUGGAAUUUAAUUCUGUUGAAUUAAUCUCACAAGGAUGUGUAAUCCCUCACUACCCCUCAUGGUGCAAACAGCACAGCCGACUGUAUGCACGCAUGUGUUUAUGCAUUAUGAAAACGUGUGAAAUGCAUAUAUACUCGCUGUAUGUCCUUAUAUACUCAUGUAGUACUUGACCCCUUUGGAUUUUAUGAUGCCUCUGAAGGUAAAGUUGAAGAAGUAAUGAACAAAGUUACACGCCCCGUAGGAGGGAACACUGUUACCAGCGAUUUACUUGUUGAACCAGAUUUUCUUUUUUUUUUUUAAAUGGUGGAAAGCACCGUUGUUGUAGCAUCUGGGCACCCUGGUAUCCCUUCUCUCUGUCUGGGGUAGCAACAUGAAGCGUAUGCCCCGCUGUGUAUAAUAGUGUACAGAUGUGUGUAUAUCCCUUUGAGGCCGAGGAGUGUGUGUUGUGCACGCUUGACUGGAAUGAUCUACCGUGCUAUCUGAGGCUUAGUGCAUGACCUGGCCGUACCCCUAGAUCCUUCCAAUGGUGCCGUCCUGCGACAGAAAUUGUAAAUCACAGAGGAACCCUGUGUCUUUUGCACUUAAGCACACACAGACACACUUUCUAUUUUCUUUUUUUUUUAAUCAGGGCUAACAGAGCUGCGUCCUCCCGCAUUAAAGGGUUUAUUGUUACCAGUGUGUGGACAUCAAGGCAGACACAGGGAAAGCCUCCUUAACGGACGUUCCUCGGCUUCACACUUGUUUUAUUCCACGUGGAGUACAGCAGGUCAACGUCCCGGUGCUCGCAGAGUGUCUGGUCGUGAUUUUUGAUGUGGUAGAAGCCUCAUCUGACAACGAGCUGGAGGUUCCUUCACCCUGCAAAGCAUUUAUAACACGUCUUGGCAUGGGAAAACCCCCCCGAGCCGUCACUUGGACCGCUAGGCAUUUGGAUUUAUCCGCAGUGACAGGACUAAAUACGAGGAGCACUUAACUACUCCUGUGAACAGGACUGACAACGUAAAACCCUGUAUUCCGUUCUAUUGAAAGAGGGGUUAUUGAUCACUGAUAAAAACAAAUCUCAAUCGCGGGAAGGUGUUCCAGACAUUUUGUAUGUUUCGGCUCUUUCGGGGAGAUAGUUUACACUUCGUCAUAGUGGAGCAGGCCUUCCACACAACCACUCAGUGCUACUGCUUCAUUGAUGCACAGAUUAUCUCCUAUCGUGCUCGACACACACACACACACACACACACACACAGAGACACACACACCUGCAGCACGUCACGUGCUAAUUUAAAGCGAAGAACAGCAAAAAAAAAGUAGAAGAAACAUACCACUAGUUACCUUAAUCACCUUCGAUGUUCCCUUUUCAUUAACUUCUCUUGGAACUUUUCAUAAUUCUCUAGAGGCCCAGGCCAGCUCCCCUCCUUACGUCCUCUGAACUUUUUCCUUUAUUAAUCUUGCUUCUUCUCAACUUGAUGUUAGUUGGUAUUUUUCCUGUGUAUUCCAUUUUUAAUUGUAAUCUAGUUUGUAUAAGAAAUGGUGCGCAUGUAAAUAAAGCUUGGUGAGGCUCCACACCCA